AUGAGGAAUAUCUUCAUCAAAAUAUUUCAAUUAUUUACAAUUAUGAAAAUUUUCAUUUAUUUAAAUAUGUAUCAAACAGUUGUACACACUAAGCCGAUAGAAACAUAUGCAAAAGAUGAUGUGAACUUUUCAAAACCAUGUCCUGAAGAAAACUACAGAUAUCAUAACGCUACUGGAUAUUUUAUGUGCACUGUUGAAACAGCCAAAAAAUGCAUUGACUUAUGUCAACAAACAGGAUGCAAUGAUUUAUAUUUUAUGAGUGUGAUCCCUUCGAAAAAUGAUAAAAUCAAACGAAACUAUCGUUGUCGCUGUUUCCAGGAUUAUCACGUCUGCUUUUAUAAUCCAUUGCCAAGAUAUCAUAACAUUAAUUAG